AUGGCGUCCUCUCCCACUGUGCCUCUGGGGGCUCACGAUGAAACAAAGUGUGCCGUCCUCGGCUACUUGGGAGUCCUCUCUCAGGAGGAGCUGCGGGAGCAUCUUUCCUCACCCCAAGGGGUUCGACAAGAUAUGGCCUCACAAUCUCUGGAUCAAGAAAUUUUAUUAAAAGGUAAAACUGAAAUUGAAGAGCUAAAAUCCCCGGACGAAGAAAUUUCUGAAGCCUUCGUUGGUGCCUCCGAUUUUGCUACGACCGAUGCUCUUGGGGUUGACAAGGUGAGCUCAGGAGCCUUGCAGCGCAUCGCUGCAGUUUGGUGCGACUCUCCCGGAGGACCACGCCGCCGAGCGCAUCAGGUAGCAGGGUGGCUAGGGCACUGCCUUUAA